UCCAGUUCUGCCUAGUGUGGCUCCUGGUUAUUUGAGUCGCGCUCUGCCAAAGUGCGCCCCAGAAAAAGGAGAACACUGGAACCACAUAAUGGAAGAUCUGGAUAGAAAUAUAAUACCUGGAUUAACACACUGGCACUCUCCGUAUUUUCACGCCUUUUUUCCAACUGGACAAUCCUACCCAGCUAUAAUUGGAGAACUUUUCAUGGCUGGCAUCGGAGCCGUUGCAACAAAAUGGGAUUCUAGUCCUGCAGUUGUAGAACUGGAAGUAAUAGUGAUGGAUUGGCUUGCAAAAAUAUUGGGAUUACCGGAGGAAUUUCUCAAUUGUUCUGAGGGUCCUGGUGGAGGUCUCAUACAGAAUGCUGCAAGUGAAUCAACGUUGGUGGGAAUUCUGUCAGCAAGCCACAAAAAAAUUCAACAGUUCCGAAUUGAGAAUCCUCUAAUGGACGAAUGGGAAAUUAGAGGCAAAUUAGUAGCGUACACCUCCAAGGAGUCAAAUUCAUCGGUUGAGAAAGCUGGUCUAAUAGCUUCAGUGAAAAUGAGGUUGUUGCCAACAGAUCAAAAUGGGAGCUUGAGGGGAUCCGUCUUAGAAGAAGCCAUCAGGAGUGAUAAAAUAAACGGUUUAGUACCGUUUUGCGUGGUGGCAUCUUUAGGGACUACUGGAGUGUGUUCAAUGGACAACAUUGCAGAACUCGGAAAGAUAUGCGAGAGCGAGAAAAUGUGGUUGCACAUUGAUGCUGCGUAUGCUGGCACAGCAUUAUCUUGUCCGGAAUACAGACAUCUGAUCAAUGGAAUAGAACACGUGGAUUCGUUCAACUUUAACCCACAUAAAUGGAUGUUGACCAAUGGAGAUUGCUCGGCAUUGUGGUUUAGAAACACAACAUAUGUUGAGUUAGCUUUUAAGACCAAAGCUGCGCUAAGCGUUCCGCAGUUCAAGCCAGAAUUAGAACAUAGGCAAAUUCCAGAUGUAAGAAGAUUUAGAGCUCUGAAGUUAUGGUUUGUGAUCAGGAUAUACGGAGUAGAAGGCAUCCAACAGCACGUGCGUCGCCACAUAGCUUUGGCUAACUAUAUGGAGGAGCUGGUCAGUGGCGACUCAAGAUUCUCGGUUGUUGUAUCAAACUUAGGUGUGGUGUGCUUCCGAUUACUUGAAGACGAAUCUGUUACGCAACUGAUUUUAGAGCGCAUAGCUAUGAAAAAAUGCAUUUAUAUUAUGCCUUACUACUACAAAAAGCAGCUAUUAUUUAGGUUUGUAGUGUGUAGCAGAUUCUCAACUCGAGCGGAUAUUCAAAAAUCGUGGGACGAAAUCGUGAAUGCAACGAAUGAGGUCCUAAUAACUAUUGCAAAUAGUAAAGACCCAGUUUCAACUGUGUAA